UAAUUAAACAAGAGAAGCUAGAAGAGGUUGUCCUUUUAUUAUCUAUAGCAUUAAUUUCAAUCCCAUCUUUUUUCCCUUUUAUCCUCCUCUCUAUCACCAUUUCCAAUUAAUCAUAACCGACUCUCUCUUUAUCUCUCGUCCUCCUCCUCCUCCUCCUCUUUCUCUCUCUAUGGGUUUCCUUGGAGAGGUGGAAGCAGCUGCUGCAACACAACAAGACAUGAAACAACUUCUUACUUCUGGUGUUGUUCAUCCUUUCACGGCCUCGGCCGCAGCAGCAGGUACAACGACUACUGCCACUGCCACUACUACGACGACACCCCGUAAUAUUAGUACUAAUAAUAUUAACAACAAAAAUAUUAAUAUGAGUAGCAGUAGUACUAGUAAUGAAUCUCAUCAUUUAGAAUUACAACAAUUCUCUCUCCUCCAUCAUCAUCAUCAUCAUCAUCAUCAUCAACACCACCAAGAGCCGCAACAUCAUCAGCAUCAGCAACAACAUCAUCAUUCUCCGCAGCAGCAUCAUCAGAAUAUUUCAUUCAGUAUGAUGCAAUCAUCUCCAUCAUCUUCUUCCCUUCCUGGAAACAAUUUCAUGGGAGCGGGAAAAGAGAGCAGUAGUAGUGCUGCGGGCGCGUACGACCUAGGAGAGCUAGAUCAAGCACUUUUCCUUUACCUUGAUGGACAAACAGAUCAUGAACAACAACGACAAAAUCACAACUCGUCAUCAACAUCACCACCACUUGGAAGAGGAGGUGGAGGCGGAGGCGGAGGCGGAGGCGGAAUGAGACCACCAACUCUUAACAUUUUCCCUUCUCAACCUAUGCAUGUUGAGCCUUCUAUCACCAAGGCAAGUUCUGGAGGAGUACUAGGCGGAGGAGGACAAUCAACAAGUGGCGGUUCCAAGAGACCAUCAGAGCAGCCGCCACCGAUAGAGUUGUCCAACAACAAUAAUAUUAAUAAUAAAUCCAAAAACCAACACGAAGCAACCGCUGAACAAUCCAAGUCUAUCAAGCGUGAAGGAAACCGCAAAGGUCCAACAUCAAGCUCGGAGCAAGAAGGGCCAAAAACACCCGACCCUAAGACACUGAGAAGACUUGCUCAAAAUAGAGAAGCAGCUAGGAAAAGCAGGCUUAGAAAAAAGGCAUAUGUUCAGCAGUUAGAAUCAAGUAGGAUAAGACUUGCUCAGUUAGAACAAGAACUUCAACGCGCCCGAGCCCAAGGUAUAUUUUUCGGAGGUGGUGGAACAGACAAUGGUAUUCCUCUUGGUGUAGCCAACAUAAGCUCAGACGCAGCAGUGUUUGACUUGGAAUACACAAGAUGGCUGGAGGAGCAUCACCGGUUAACCUGCGAGCUCCGGGCAGCGGUACAAGAACAUAUAUCAGAAAAUGAGCUUAAAAUGUACGUAGAUAAUUGCUUGGCGCAUUACGACGUGGUAAUGAAUCUCAAGAGCAUGGUGGCUAAAACCGACGUGUUCCACCUUGUUUCCGGAAUGUGGAAAACCCCGGCAGAGCGCUGCUUCAUGUGGAUGGGUGGUUUUCGCCCUUCCGAGCUCAUUAAGAUAAUUUUGCACCAAAUUGAGCCGUUAAGUGACCAACAAUUGAUGGGCAUAUGUGGGUUGCAACAAUCGACGCACGAGGCUGAAGAGGCGCUGUCGCAAGGCCUUGAAGCUCUCCAACAAUCUCUCUCCGAUGUAAUCUCCUCCGACGCCUUAAGUUGCCCUCCUAACAUGAACAAUUAUAUGGGUCAGAUGGCUCUUGCUAUCAACAAGCUCUCGACGAUGGAGAACUUUGUAAGACAGGCGGACAGUUUAAGGCACCAAACAUUUCAACGACUGUAUCAAAUCUUGACAACACGUCAAGCGGCAAGGUGUUUUCUGACGAUUGCAGAGUAUUUCCACCGGCUUCGAGCUCUGAGCUCCUUAUGGAUGGCUAGGCCGCGACAGGAAUAGGUCGAUAAAAUGAGCAAACCCAAACAAAGAAAGCUAGCUAGUACGUAGUAGUAGAAGAAAUCAUGCAUGCGAAUGUUUCACAAUAUAAUCCCACUUUGAUAAUAAUUUCUUUUUUGGAUAAGCUAAUUAUCAUCAAUGUGCUUCCUCUUUAA